AUGGAUGAAGGGCAGGUCUUCUCCAAGAUUUUCAGCCAUGAGGCUCUGGAGAGUUAUCUCCCCAAGAUCCAGCUGGUGAUCAAGGACACCCUGCGGGCCUGGAGCAGCAACCCCGAGUCCAUCAACGUGUACCACGAGGCGCAGAAGCUCACGUUCCGCAUGGCCAUCCGCGUCCUGCUGGGCUUCCGCAUCCCGGACGAGGAGCUCGGCCGCCUCUUCGAGGUCUACCAGCAGUUCGUGGAGAACGUCUUCUCCUUGCCCGUGGAUCUGCCCUUCAGCGGCUACAGGAGGGGAAUCCGGGCCCGGGAGACGCUGCAGAAGGGGCUGGAAAAAGCCAUCCAGGAGAAGCUGCAGAACACACAGGGCAAGGACUACGCCGACGCCCUGGACAUCCUGAUCGAGAGCGGGAAGGAGCACGGCAAGGAGCUGACCAUGCAAGAGCUGAAGGACGGCACCCUGGAGCUCAUCUUCGCCGCCUACGCCACUACGGCCAGCGCCAGCACCUCCCUGAUCAUGCAGCUCCUCAAACACCCGCGGGUGCUGGAGAAGCUGCGGGAGGAGCUGCGGAGCAAAGGGAUCCUCCACAACGGCUGCAUCUGCGAGGGCUCUCUGCGCCUGGACAACAUCAACGGCCUCCAGUACCUCGACUGCGUCAUCAAGGAGGUGCUCCGGCUCUUCACCCCCAUCUCUGGAGGGUACCGCACAGUGCUGCAGACCUUCGAGCUGGACGGUUUCCAAAUCCCCAAGGGCUGGAGCGUGAUGUACAGCAUCCGGGACACCCACGACACCGCUCCCGUCUUCAAGGACGUGGACGUCUUCGAUCCCGACCGCUUCGGGCAGGGCCGGAGCGAAGACAAGGACGGCAGGUUCCACUACCUCCCCUUCGGAGGAGGCGUACGGACCUGUCUGGGGAAGCACCUGGCCAAGCUUUUCCUCAAGGCUCUGGCCAUCGAGCUGGCCAGCACCAGCCGCUUCGAGCUCGCCACCAGGACUUUCCCCAAAAUCACCCUGGUGCCCGUGGUCCACCCGGUUGACGGACUCAAGGUCAAAUUCUUCGGACUGGAUUCCAACCAGAACGAGAUCCUGACGGGCACAGACGCCAUGCUGGGGGCCACCGUGUAGAGCCCGCGCCGGUGGCACCAGGGACGGG